CGCUGGGAGUCGUUCCGGUGGAUAUACCGCUAAUUUAUACAUUUCUCUUGAUUUCAUUACCAAUUUAGGAGUGUAAAUAUCACGUUUUGGUGCGGGUUUUAUAAACAAUGUGUGGCGUGAAGGCGUUAAGCAUUUUCCAAUCGUGUGUAACUUGUUCACACCAUGAUAAAAGGGAGAAAUCGAUUAGGCCCUUCCCCUCGGGCGUGAUUGGGCGGCGGGGCGGCGAGGACGCGGCGUGAUUGGCCGGCGGGCGCGGGUGGGUGGAGCCACGUGUGAUCUCGGCUGCUCACUGACACCCUGUUAUGAUGGUAACAAGAGGCAUGGCUGAUUCUUGUUAUAUUUCAUUCUCACAUGAUCCCUGUCGACGCAAGCACCUGGAGCGAGAGAGAGAGAGAGGGCGCGAGGCAGAUGUUGACAGAGCAGCCUUCGCCCUAGAGUUUAUGGCCUGAGGCUUCCUCCUCCCUCGCCGCCAGCAGCCGCAGCGGGCCCGUGUCAGACCCCUUUUAACGACAUUUUAAAACAGAAGGAUUGAGGAGUGUCCGAGGGCGCUCCCAGCCGUGUCCUCGGGGAGGAAGAACCCGCUCGAACACGCCCCUGCGGCACCGAGGCUGUCUCCGCCGCCCGCGCCCGUCGGGAACCAUGCGUCUGCCCCCGCCCGUGCGGCGCUCGGAGCACCUCGCUGCGAGGGGAAAGUGUCCGACGUAACGCCCUCGCUCGUCGACCCGCCGGAGACGCGGACGGAGGCGCUCGAGGGACGGGCGGCGCGGGCGGAGGCGCUCGUGCAGCACGACGCGAGGAGACCUGUUGUGGGCGUCGGAGUGCAGGGUGGGCGUGAGGCGUGCGUUGGUGCUCUCCCGGUGCGAGGAGGAGGGAAUCCCUUUUGCCGCCUGCCGGAGGUGGCUCGGCUAAGACCUCUCCCGGAGUACAUGCGGCGCGAGUGAACAGGAAUCGCCGAGUGCUCGAAGUGGGCGUGUCGGAAUCGUGAUUUCAGCCCCGAACAUACCCGGGGAUACCCACUUGUGCCCAGGACCUUGUACCCUUCAUACUUCGGUGGUCGGCGCCGCGUAGAAGACGAAGCAGCAGUCGCUGGUCCUCGUCGCGUGACCUCGAGCCCCAGUGGGCGGUGCUGGUGACCCGCGGAGUGAGUGCGAACUGCGGGCGUGAUGGGCGAGCCGCGGGGCCUGCGGGCGGGCGAGCUGCACCUGCCGGGCCUGAGUUAUCUGCACCCCGUCCACGUGCUGUCCCAGCUGGCCCGCCCUGUGCCUCUCCCCAUGGGCGUGCCUCCCUUCACCCUGCCCCCCACGCCGCCCCUCCCUCACGCCCUCAAGAUGAUGGGCGGCAGCAUGGGCGCAAUGUACCCGUGGGGCCUCAACCUCCACAAUCCCAUGCUGGGGUCGCUGCGGCCGGGGGGCCCUCAGGGGCGGGCCCCCCCCUCGCCUGAGCGGCACCAUGACCGAUUGGACGAUGGUAAAGACUGCGAAGACGGCAGCCUCGACGGCGACGCGGCGGCGAAGCGGCGGCGGUCGCGCACCAACUUCAACUCGUGGCAGCUGGAGGAGCUGGAGCGCGCGUUCGAGGCGUCGCACUACCCCGACGUGUUCAUGCGCGAGGCGCUGGCCAUGCGCCUCGGCCUCACCGAAAGCAGGGUCGCCGUGUGGUUCCAGAACCGGCGCGCGAAGUGGCGCAAGAAGGAGCACACGCGGAAGGGCCCGGGCCGCCCCGCCCACAACGCCCACCCGCAGACGUGCUCGGGCGAGCCCAUCCCGCCCGAGGAGCUGGAACGCCGCGAGCGCCUCCGCCGCGAGAAGAAGCUGCUCAAGCAGCUGGAGCGGCAGCAGCGCAAGCUGGCGCUCAAGGGCGUGCACGUCAGCCUCGAGCAGCUGCGCCGCGAGUACGAGACGCAGCACAAGCCUGAGUCCGACGCGGGUGCGGAGGGCGAGGCGGGCGGCCGCGAGCCGCGGGCGCAGCAGCCGCGCGAGACCUCCGUGAAGAGAGCCGCCUUCUCCAUCGAGAGCAUCCUGGCGCCGUCGCGACCCGAGGACCGCGGCCCGCCCUCGCCGGGCACGCUGCUCCGCGGGGCGCCCACGCCCCCGCCCACGCCCCAGGACGGCGCCGCGCACCCCCUGCACCUCCAGGCCGCCAAGCGGGAGGUGCAGGACCUGCACCCCCCCGCGUGCAGCUUGCCCGAGGACUCCCCCGGCGGCGAGGCCCUCCGCCACGCCUUCGGCGCGCCCGACGCCUCCAGCAGAGAGGACCACCUGGCCAGCUGCCUGGACCAGCUGAGCCCGCUCGGCUCUCUCAGCCCUCCGAUCCAGCUGGCCGCCCUCUCGGCCGUGGGCGCCAGGGAGGAGCAGCUGGAGGGCGGGCCGGGCGCCAGCUGCCAGCCCGAGGACCUGACGGGCGACAGAAGCCCCGGCGGGGAGUGCUGAUGCCCCGUCUGUCCCUAGGCGCCCCUCGACGGCCGUUAUACCAUGCAUCAAAGGACACGUGAUACCUGUCGUUUGCACUCGGUGUGUGCAGCGCCCGCAGGCCGCGGCCCCGCUCGGCGCAGGAGCAGCGCGCCCAAGUGACCAACUAAUCUGUGUUUCCGGUGAUCGGCAGUGCAUCCUGACCCCCUCCCCCUCCCUCUCUGUCCGAGACAAAGGACGACCAAAAGAUAAAAAAUAAACAAGACUCAAAAUUAUUUUUCGAAGAAUACAGGGACUCGAAACCAGAACUUAGUCUCCUCCCUCUUAAUCAACACCCUCCCCUUCUUCCCCCGCCCAUACCCACACCCACCCACCCCACCCCACUCGAAAAGUCUACAGAAAAAAAAAAAAUCUCAAACCGAAUCAGUCCCAGUGAAGCUCCUUGUCCUCCUCCUUCCUUCGUACAUUUUUUUCCCCUCAUUUUCCUCAUUGUCCCCCCCCAAAAAAAAUGACCCAAAAAAUACGGAGAACACAUUAACGCACAUUUGUUUUCGUUGAUAUAUCGUACCGAAACAUAUCUAUUCUACACAUAUUUGUUUACAGUGUGACAUUCAGUUCGCCUAAAUACGAUACUGAGGCACUGUAGACGAAACUUGAACAUAUCCCAUUGUGAUGGAAUUGCCUAAAAAGAAUAUAUAAAACAGGUUAAAAAAAUGUUAGUGUAAAAUUCAAAAUACAGUAACACAAUAACGAUUAAGUAAACAAGAACAUGUGACACCUUAGACUUAAACACAUAUAUCAAAAUAAAACGCAUCUAUUGGCAUUAAAUCUAUUCUAGCUUAUAUGAUUUCCUACUACGAUCUUUCACCUUAAUAAGACACCUCUAUAGCUUAAUUAAUGUUCUAUUUUUUUCGUACAAUUAUGGAUUUUGUCAUAUGUAUUUUUUUUUCCUGUAUCCUAUGGAUCCUUUUUCGUUUUCUCAUUUCCCUAUUCCUUUUUUUUCUCCUUUUUCUCGUUAAAAUCCUACGCUAUAAUAUGUCUUAAACCCAGUGGAAUUUCUAUGGCACAGGAUUUCAUUUUUUUUAUUUCUUUUCAACCUCCUUUAUUCCUUUUCUUGCCUUACGAUAUAUAUUCUUUCUCUCUUUCCUUCUCCCUCCUUCUUUCUCUUUCUUCUUUUAUUCCUUCUUGCGCCUCCUUUUCUCUGUUUCCUCGUCCUUUUUCUCUUGUUCAGCCGUUCUUCUUUCCUUUCUACCCUUUCUAAUUCUAAACCCUCUUUCUCUCCUCCUCUCCCUCUCUUUUCUUUCCUUCUCUUUCCUUCCUUUCUCUCCCUCUUUCUCUUUCUCUACGCUUUACAUCUUAUCCUCUCCCCGUGUCUCUCUUCCCUCUCCUUUCCCCGUAUCUUUGUUUCUUUACUCCUUCCCCUCUUUCUAUCCCUCUUCCUCUCUCUCUUCCCUUCCCUUCCCAUUUCAUCUCCCUUCCCCUCUCCUCCUCUCUCUACGUUCUUUCCCCCUCUCCCAGCUCUAUUUCUCCCUUCCUUUACUAUCUAUCUUCUUUCUCAUUCCCCUCUCUCUCCCCUUCUAUUCUACUCUUCUCUCCCUUCUCUCUCUCUCUCUUCUCUCUCCUCUCUUCGUUCCCUCUCGUUUUCCCUCUCGUUUUCGCCCUCUCUCUUCCUUCCCCUUCCCCUACUCUCUCUACCUAUCUCUCUCUGCUCUCUCUCCCUCUCGUCCUCUCCCUCCCCUUUCCGUAUCUUCCUCUCUCUUCUUUUUCCUCCUCCUCUACUCUAUUCCCUCUUCUUCUCUCCUUUUUUCUUCCCUCUCCUCGUCUACCUCUCCCUUUCCUCCCUAUUUUCUCUCCUCCUUCUCCCCCUCUUCCUCUCCUGCUCCUUCUCUCUUCCCUCUCCUUCUCUCCCUCUCUCGUCCCUUCCCCCGCCUCUCCCUCUCUCGUCCCUCCCCUGUCUCUCACUCUCUCUUCCCUCCCCUGUCUCUCCCUCUCCCCCCGUCUCUCCUUCUCUCUCUCCGCCGUCUCUCCCUCUCUCUUCCCUCCCCCCGUCUCUCCCUCUCUCUCUUACCCCAUCCCCCCUCUCUCCCCCCCGUUUCUCCCUCUCUCUCUCCCCCCAUCUCUCCCUCUCUCUCUCUCCGCCGUCUCCCCAACAUCCUGUGCGCCGGUUAACACCCCGCUGAGGUCAUACGUCACCAUCACCUUGACACGGUUGAAUUCGACUACAUCCCUCCGCAUCCGAAGAGUUUGAAGGAGAUAGGAAGAAAAAAAAGGAGGGGAAGAAAGAAAAAGGGAGAAAGAGAAAGAGAGGGAGAGAGAGAGAGAGAGAAAGAAAGGUGAGAGGGAGGGGAAAAAAAAGUCAAUUUUCCGUCGUAAACGAUUCCCAGUAAAACCUUCCGGAAGAUAAUCCUCUUCGCUAUUUUUUUUUUUCUUCUUUUUUCUCUCUCUGUCUUGGAAUGGCUCCGCUCGUCUCUCUUCUUCGUUUCUCCUUCAGGAUAUUGUGCGCUCCCUCGUCCAAGGUUGACUCGUCGUUUUCCGGUUAGGAGCAAAGACCACGGUGUAGCGAUAUAUAUAUAUAUAUAUGUUUGUGUGUGU